AUGGUCGACGAAAAAAUGGAUGUGAUCGCGAUACAGGAGACCCACUCAAAAGAUAAUAAUAUGGCUACCUUUAAUAACUUUGAAAUGUAUAGUUCUGGCACCACUUCCAAUAAUUGGUCGGGAGUUGCUUUCUUUAUCAGCAAAAGAUUAUGCAAAUACGUGGAUAAAUUUGUGCCCAUUUCGGAGAGAUGCUGUUUACUAUACCUGAAUACCUGCUUCAGGCAAACAAUCUUAGUUAAUGUCUAUGCCCCGCCUAGAAGAAACGAACGGCUCGCAUUCCUCGAUGACCUCGAAAACAUUGUAAACUCUCUUCCUAGGAGUCGAAAUUUGAUAAUUCUUGGGGAUUUAAAUACUAGGAUCGGAAAAGAUGACUCCUUUAUUAGAGAUGGGGUAAUUGGGAAUGCAACUCUCUCUCAAUUAAACAGUGAUGACAGUAGAAAGUUAUUGGAGAUGUGCAGGAGUAUAAACCUCAAGGUCGAAAAUACUUUCUUUUCGCACAGUGAAUUAAACACCCUAACCUUCAGUAGAAAUAAUAUUAAGUCUCAGAUCGAUUUUAUCAUCUCGAACAUCCAUAGUUGGUUUAUCGAUGUAAAAGUAAUGCCAAAUAUUAAUAUUUCUGAUCAUAAAUUAAUCAGAGCCACUAUCACUGUGAAAAAUUUAUGGGGAAACUCUCGGCGUCCUUCUCUUCAACCCCAGCCGAGAUACCUGUCCUGGAAGAGAAAUGCAACUUACCUGCAACGCCCUGCAGUCAAACUACAGCUCGAUCUAUUCUUAAAUGAUAGAGAGGCAACUUUCUUAUCCUCGUCGGAGUCUCAAUCUGUCGAAGAAUGUUGGGCGUCUUUCAAAAACAACUUGUUUGAUGCCUACAAUCAUCUCCCAAACAUCAACAUUUCUCCACCGAGACAGGAAUGGCUAUCCGAUGACACCACUCGCAUGAUAGCUCAACUCAAGUUACGGGGUGAGCGCGAUGGUCACUUAUGGACCUCAAUUCAUAGACUCCUAAGGAGAGAUAGAAGGAUCUUUAUUGCUAAAAAAGGCUUUUGA